AAAAACAGAGGUUUUAUUUAUUUAAAAUGUUGACUACUUUAUAGGUUUAUUAGGGAUCUGUUGUUUUUCUGUCUGACCGGCUUCCUCAUAGGUAGUUACGUUCCUAGGGCAACCCAACAAAGCUUCCUCCAAGAGGAUCAUGGGAAAAAAAUCUGAAAAUUCAAGCAGAGGGAGUUUCGAACUUUCACGAUUAUUUACCAAAAAAAAGGACAUUUUUGGUCAUUACAUUGCCACUAGCGCAACGAACGGGUUUGCAUUUAGCCUCUGUUCUUGAAUGCACUUCAGUGGAAGAGUACUGAUGCUGUCUCUGAACGAUGGAGCUGAAGCUGGAGGUUCUUCUGUCAUCAAGCAUCAAACGAAAGAAACCAUGGCCACGAUUCUGCUGGCUCGGGCAGGAAAAGGAGUCUGUGUUUGUGUUAGAUGACAGGCGGAUCAGUGAGAUCAACAUGGUGUCCGGUCGAACCAAGAAGAAGACACCAAAACUUCAUCCAUUGCUCAACAAUGUGGUGACAAUGGCUUCCUCUCGUAACGGGUUGUGGCUCUGUGGACUUCUCAUGUCAGGAGAACUGUUUCUGUGGAACAGAGAUAAGGAUUUGUUGAAGACUGCCACCGCCGUCCCUGAAGUAGUUCAGAUGAUCACUUCAUCUCAAGGCACAUCUACAAAGCUCUCUCUCCAAGUUUCAUGUGAUGGGAUGCGUGUCCUCUUGUCAGCCACUAGUGGCAAAGUAUUCCUGUGGGAGUGCAUGGAUUCCAGGGUUUUGGCAGGCCUGCGGGACGGCCCCGUUGAAGGACACUGGGUGCUCAUACAGGCUCCUGUAGACACCAUCUUGCCUUCUUCAAGCGACAAAGAAGCAUCUCAAACCACCAUCUUUGUCAAAACUGAGGUAGUAGGUGACAUUUGUUUAUCAGCGUUUGUUUUCACAUCUGGAGAGAACCUCAUCACUACUAUACUUAAAAUUCAGUGGAAAGAAGGCCAAUCUGUGGGUUUUAUGCGUUAUAGUGUUCACUGGGUCACCAAGAAGUACCCUUUGCCCCGUCUAACCCCUCCAUGUCAGCCAGUAAAGUCCAGAGGGGCUUUGGUGCCAGUCUUCUCGCCGGAUGGCCAGCUGUUAGCCAUCGUCCUGAACCAGAGAAAGCCUCAGGCUACGCAGGUACUUUUUGUGAGCACACAGAAUUUCAUCUCGAUAUCAAGUAGUCUUGGGGGAUGUGGGUGCAAGAAAGUGGACAUCCCAUCCAAGUACAUAAGGUCUUACUGGGUUGGCAGUGUCAGCUGGUCACCUGGAGGACUUUUUUUAGGCUGCAUGUUGAAAAGAGGCUCUCUUCUUGUGUUGCUUCGUCUUGGGGGACUUCUCUCUCUGACAAGCUCUGGCUGCAGUGUUGACUUUGGUCCUGCACACUUUUUGCCCUUACAUCCACUUGUCACUUACAGGCCGCCAAUGUCUGCACGUAAAGGUGAAGCAUCUUUGUCGAGCUCCAGCAUGUCGGUGCGCGACAUCUUAAGGCAGCGGUAUUCUGUGACCUGGCAUCCACGGCUUUUUUAUCUCAUCGUAUCUGAUGGUUACAUGGCCACAGUUAUGAGAUUGCCAGACAGGCCUUCCCCUGCCCUGAUACUAAAAACUCUCCUGAAAGACAUACGCAAGGAUCUUGAGGCAACUAGCUGCAAACUAGAUCGAUCAAAGGGUUAUGUGAAGGCGUGGCUGGACUCUGUUUGCUACUUGAAUCUGGACAGCAGCUCUGAAGAGCUCAAAGCCACACUCCCAGACCGGCCAACCAUGACAGACUCCAUCAUUUCAGCUGCAGUCACUAAUGGAUCUAAGCUGCCGCUCUUCUUGCAGAACCGACCAGGAUCGGGUGGAACUGCGGAGCUUCUUGAAAGCGUGCAGGCUCUCUUUGACGAGGAGUCUGAUUUAGAUGGAAUUCCUGCUGGUUCUCAUGUCCGGGACAGAGGUUGUUUGGAGUUUGCUUCGAUGUUUGACACUCUUCAUGCCCUAAAAACCCACAGUAGUGAAAAAAUCCUCUCUGGGCAAGUUUAUGACCAAGAUGGUGAGGACAUUAAGAAGAAUUCCCUUCGUCGUGAGCUCAGAGAGAUCCAUAGCAGGCUGCUAACAGUGUGGGCUUUUGGCUUGUCCCUGGGAGAUGCAGUGGAGCAUAGAGCUCUUCUGUUAAAGCAUUUGCUUUGCUGUGUGGUUCAGUUUGCAGCUUUACUCCACUUGAUGCCCGAUCCCACUUGUCGUUCGGGAGAAAGUAAUACCUUGGCUUUCACUCGCCUCCUGCACCUCAUCAAAGCUCUUUUAUCUUUCCUUCCUUGGGAUAGUAGCCCUUCAGAGGGACCACGCUGCUUGAGGCUAGUGGUGGAGUUCAGUAAAUGGAUUGUACGUCUUCUGCUGAACCCUCACCCCGACUCCCACCUGACUGGCACCUGUCAGGUUUCUUCCCAAAGUCUGUCCAGAAUCAUUUUCCUUAUUCAGAUGAUCUCUGACUCUCUUGACACGAGUUACACCUCAGAGCAAAAAGCUGUCUGGUCUUCUGAGGAGGAAUCCCCUUCUCAGCCCCAGGUGUGGCUCUCAGAUGUAUAUCACGUUCAUUUCCUGCAGGAGGGAAAAUGGCCUCAACUUGUUAAACCAAGACCUUCCAUCAGACUUUUAGGAGUGUGGCAGCUUUUGUAUGAUGUCAUCCAAAAGUAUGCAGAGGAACUGAACACCAUUCAAAGCUGUAACGGUUUAGAGGAGGAAAAGCAAAGGCUGGCUCUUAUUAUGUCUCAGGUCCAAACAUCUUUGCAGGCAACAGGAGAAAAGCUGGGGGACGGCCCUGCACUGCUGAACUGUCAAGGUGAACAUCUCUUCCUGAGUGGCCUUUAUCAAAAGAGUGCUCAUGCAUGGCGAGUACAAAUCUCUCAGGAGAUCAACAAAAGCUCUUAUCGCAGCGUCUUUCAAGAGACGCGGCUUUGUCUGGCACUCCUUUAUAGUCUGCUAUCACAGUACCAACUGAGAGAAGCGCAAGAGAUGGGAGACCACAUGGCCCAGCUCAUUCUGCUCCGAUCUGGACUCCAGAAGACGCGUGGGACAACAGGUUCUCUUCCUUGCCGAUGGAUACCAACAGACCUUCACAGUGACGCAGCCUCUGCGGUGGUUCAAAGCCUCGGGAGAUUCAUGGCUUCCUACUUCACCAAUCAGUCACUUUUCAUUCUGCCUGCUCACAAUGUGGCUGUGCUCCCCCCACUCCAUCUUCCUCACGGCCCAGACGUUGGGCGUUUGGUGCUGCUCUGCCAGGAGGAAGUGGCCAGAGCUGUCCGACAGCAACAUCUGUCAGAGGUUUGGACAGUGGACUAUGCCCAGGAUCUGCUCCUGCUUGGCGGGCUGCUCCCUGAGGCUGUGUGGAUGGCGUAUCAUCUGGGAGACUGGAAGACUGCCGUUUCUCUGAGCCUGGCUUAUACCUGCUACGGGUCAGAAAAAUUCAAAUUCAGUCGGCUCAGGAGAAAGGAUUUCCAACUGCCAAAAGCUUUGACACCAGAAAGCAUUUUUCAGGCUGAGCUGGAGUGUCUUCUGAAAUCGGACUCUCAGGAACACGCAGAUAAAGGCAAUGAGAAGAGCUUUACAGAGCCUUUGGAAGGAGAAGACUGGGACUUGUUGCAAAGUUCCAUUCAAGAGAUUUUGAAAGCCUCUGUCAUGGCAGGAGUCGAUAUUAUUUCCACCUUCUUGUCUUCCUUGCUGGACGCAGCAAAAGACAUGUGCUCCUCUCUGCCUGCUUUGGUGCCUGCUGGGCUGUACCUGCCUUCCCCACCUCUGUAUUGCCCACAGCCCUCUCCCAACACACAGGACCCAUGGGGAACGGCGGGGCAACUUCCGGAGGUUGCAUGUCGCCAGAAAGUGUCUGGAGUUCUCCAAAGACUGUUGUUGCUUCUGAGAUCUGCUUGUUGUUGCCAUCCUGCUGCCCAGUGGUACGUCAGUCGGCUGGGCCGUGCCAGACACAUCCUUCACAAGAUCAAAAAGAAGUAUGCGUAUCCCUCUGCUGCAGUGGAGGAAAAGAGUUUUCCAGAGGAGCUGAUGAAGCUGAUAGCUCAUGGUGGAUACUUCAAAAGAAGGGCCAAAAAAGACCCCCAGUUGGACAGUGACACUAUUCAUACUAUUGACUGUUUUAGGGAGCUGUGUGCUUUAUGCUGGAUGCUUCAUGUCAGGGAUCAGCUCUCCAUUCACUGCCGAAGGUUUCAGCUUUCCAGACGGCAUGAUGGAGAUGAGCAAUCGGACUUGGAUUCGCUGUCUGUGGACGCUCUCCGCUGGGCCCGUCGUCUUCUGCCCUUCUCUCACUUCCUCAAUGCUGAGGAAAUUCUUCAGGACAUAGUGCUCAGCCUAGUCUCAGACCUACCUCCUCUGUCUAUGGUAGCAGACACACUUGUGGAAACCUUCCCAGAGGAGGAAGAGUCUGUCAGCGUACCUCUGAGGGAGAAGUACAACUCUUUGCUGCAGAGACUGAGGCAGUGCACUGUUCUUGAUGGAGUUGAAGAGGAAGCAAAUGUGCCGAUGACGAGUUUGAUUCAAGGAAAACUCAGACAAAGAAGGAAACACCUGAAGCGAUUGCAAAGACACUUGACUCCCCCCGUGCUCCAUUUGUGGGAGAAAGAGGAAGACACGGAGAGCAAAUGCGCCACAGGCACACCAAGGCAGCCGUCACUGGGUACCAAUCAGGGAACCUUCAGUGACUGCGAGUUCCAGCCAGCGUGCAGUGAUGCUGACACAGCAGGCAAAACAUCUGAUACAAACUUGUCUAAAGGACAUUCCAGAUCCAGAAGCAAAAAAGCAAAGAAGAAAACAGAACAAAUCAAGACGGAUGUUAAGAUUGGUAGUGGUCAAGAUCAGGGUCUCAGAGAAGCCAGGAAGAAGGAGCAGCUGCUCCAACCAACUGUUGGGUCCUGGGAGUUUGAGCUGGAGGAUGACGAGUAUCUUCAUUUUCUGGAGCUCUUUCUAAGUUAUGUUUUAGAGAGGGGUAGCUGUCUUGGAGUGGACUCUGGCAGUGAGCUGCCUUUGCUGAAGAGCUUCUGCUCUGAGCUGAGGGAGAAGGAGUUGCACUCUCUGAGUUUUGAUAUACUUACCACCAUUCAUCGGCGUCAAAAAGAGAGGAAACACUCGGGCAGUGAUGCACCACUGUUCAGAGCUGGGGCUUGCUACAGGCCUUUAAGUGAAAGUAUAACUCCUGAGCUGCAGGCAUCGUCUUUGUGGACUGAAGCUCCUGGAUCCAGGGACUGUCUCUCUGUCAGUUCUCAUUUUGAUCAGAGAAGCCCACAACAGAGAGGUCUGUUUGGCCUCUGGAAACAAAACUCUGCAUCUUUUAGGAGGGGGGAUGGAUCAGUUCUUAGUUCUGAAGCGAGCCCUGCUCAGAAUGCUUUUACAGCAGAUCAGCUCCCAGAAAAUCUCCCAUUUGACUCUUCAGCAUCUGUACAGACUGUCUCCGACUUACAGCAGGGCCUAGAUCCCAAACUGGAGGCUCGGUUUCCGAAGCUCGGCAGGCUGCUGGAGUGGAUGGUGCGAUGGGCCGACAGAGGGGUGCCGUUUGGGCUCCGUGACAAAAAGAAGAAAGAACAAGGGAGAGGAGCCGGGGACGGAGUGAUGAUUCGUGUCAGGGCUUCAGCACCUGCUGUUCUCACCUCCCUGAGUUUGCUGGAGUUGAACGCGGUGCUGGGGACCGACCGUUACGCCUCCCACAUCCAAGUUCCAGAGGUGCAGCUGACUGUGUCCCCUGUGCUGCAGCCUGGGGAGGAGAGGAAGCUUGAGAGGGAGAGCAGUGUUGAUACAGGCUACCCUGGAUCAGCCCACAGUGCUCCAGAUCAGGAUUUUCAUCAAGAAAGCAUCAGUGAUGGCGAUCCUCAUACAGAUGAACCAGAGGAACAUCCAACAUUUCAGGCGAACCCUCCGCCUGCUGACCAGGAUGCUGCCAGUUCACCACAUCUCACUCCUGAUGAUGACUUAAAUCUUACUCCAGAAAAAGAAAACGAAGGCGGUGACAGUGAAUGUUUGGGUUUGCCAUCGUCCGGUCCCAGAGAAGACGACACUGCAAACAGCUUUUCUCCUGAAACUAGAUUAAAACCGGCAGAGAUUGACCUGUCAGGAAAGGCUGAAGAAGUUCCCUGUUCCUCCAUUUCCUCUGGUCAUCCAGAAGCACAACCUAACAACCAACCUCAGACUCUGGUUCAGGCCAGACCUCCUGAUUCAAACAAUCUGCAGCGCUCAGAUCCAGUGAUCGAUCCUCCAAAAAUCCCGCCUCAGACCCCCACAGCUGAGGAACCCACAGUAGAUUCUGCGACUUUAAAUCUGACGUCAACUCCGUCACCCAUGAGGCAGCUUCUGGGUCAAGACCUAUUCAGACUGGUUCAGCACAUCAACUACUUGAGUCUGCGGGAGGUUAUUGGAGCUUCAUUUUCUAACCUACUUGCCCAGCAACCGUCUUCUGUGGCCCAGCCUGACAUGACCUGCUUACUCCCUGAUAUAUCAUCAUCUGCCACCAGAUUUAUCCCCGACCAGGAUGCAUUACCUAAUCAAUCUACAGUCUCUGCAGCAGUUCAGACACCUGUCCCAAAGCCAGGCUGCAGAGACCUCAAGAAUAAUGAUGCUGGAUGUCAGUUUGCAGCACUGACGACCACAACAUCCUCCGCAGCCAACCAGCAUCAAUCCAACAUAGAUCCACAGUCCAAUGUCUGCAUCAGUGGUGCUGAAUAUCAGGAAAUGCAGCCACUUUCUGUGCAAGCAGAGUCCCCAGAUGUUCAGCAGAUGGAAAACAGGAAACGAAUCCCCUCUUCACAAGGACUCCUGGCCACCACCAACACCAGGCGUGCAGUUCAGAGCACGCCUGUACCUCUAAGCUCUCAUGGUGGUGCACAGAAUGAUUCUGCUCCUCCAAUGUUAGGUCUGAGGUUGCUAAAAUUCUCCAGCCCUCUGCUGUCCCAGCACACCUCUUCACAAAAUCCACCGGCACCUCAACCACACGCAUAUCCCACUGCAAACCAGGAAAUCCCCAGAUCUUUUCAGGCAAAGACUAAACUUGACUUCAACAAAGGGAGGGAAGACAGAAAUACAUUUUCAUCUCCAAUAACUCGCCCAUACAAAUCAACUUCCAGGACUUUUCAUCCCCAAAGUCACAGUUCCCCGCAGCUCCCUCCUGCUUUUCCUGCUCAUACACCUUCACCGUUUCAGGGACUUCGCUUGCUGCAGCUGCAGCCACCUCCACAUCACAACAUCACCUUCCCUAAAUUACCACUCCCAUCAUUCUCUAGACCUUCUGCACUCAUUCCAGUUCCAGUGACGGAAACGCCUCCGAUCAAGCUUCUGCAGAUCAACCGUGGGCCCAAAGUGAUGGUACCCCGGCCAGUUCCCUCAACCCAUACGACCCGUCUGAUCUCUAAGGAAGAGUUGCAGAAUUUAGGGGUUGGGCAACAGGAACUGGAAAAAACUGCUCUUCAGUUGCUCAGAGUUCAAAAAUCUCCUGAAAAGCCCAUCACCUCGUCCAGCUGUGCCCCCAACAAAAGGCAUAAAAGAAGAGAGGAAAAAGCAAAAGGGGGGAAAUCUGAGGUCACGUUUAGACCAAAUGAGUCUAUCAUCCCUACUCAAGAGACUCCAGCGUUGCCUACAAGUGAGGAACCUGCAGUUGUUGAGAAAAUCCGCUCUGAUCAGGACAUCCCAGGUGAUUAUUUUCAACCUACAGUUGACUCCCUAACCGGUCAGAAACUGUUGGGUAAGAUCUUUUCCACUUCAGCUGAGCUCCAAGCCAUGGCUUCCACAAGUAAGCGUCCCCCGGAGUGUUAUGACGUGUCCACCAACACAGACUCGGAUUGUCCGCCACAACUUGUGGAUAAAGCCAUAUCUGUCCAAGCCUCUGUGAUGACUGGCAGCCCAAAAUCAACAAGUUCAGCAAAUUUCCAAAUUUUUUAUGAAGAUCCUGUUCGAGACGGAGAGCAGCAACCAUGGCAACCAGAGACGAAUACCAGUCCACCUGGCCGCCAAUUUCUAAGUGUUUUAGAUUUCGAAGGUGAAGAUGGAUCACCACGUCCUGCUCCAGAAAUACGAGACGUUCCUUCCAUUCGACCUUCCUCGCCCACAUCUUCUCAGCUUCAUGUUCUUGCAACCUCCGUCCUCAGGAAUGACUUUUCUGCUGUCCAAAUUCCAGAUAACUGUGUGCCGCUCACCACUCCCCCAGAAAUGCCCGAGGAGUCUCCCUCAGAAAGCAGCUGUGGGUCCAGAAGCGUUUUAGAAAGGGUUACAUCCCAGAACAUGACAGAGAACUUGCCUGAAUCUGAGAUCUGCCGAGCCAUCAGGAACCAAAGUGGCGUCCGUCAGAACGCCUCGCCUUCACUCCUUUCUGAGGGGUUCUCCUCACGCCUCUCAGUACUGGACGCCCAGCUUGCUGCGCUGCAGAACAUCGCGGAUCAUCUUGAGACGGACCUCGUAAAAUCCAGAAUGGUGGUGAACUCCCUGGAAAAGCUUUCCUCACCGAGUGUGAAGCCCACCAAGGCAACAAAGAAAACUGUCAGAUUGUCUCUUCCUCUGCAAGCAUGGACACAGAGACCUGAUCCAGCCUUUUCAGCUGAAAUAAAUGCAUCAGAGCUUGAUAAAAACCCUACACAGCAUGACGAUAAAGACCUGCUUCUCAGUGAUGAAGCUGGAGCCUCCUCCUUUCACUCACCACCAGAUAACUUUACAGAUGCAGACGAGAUAUCUCAUGAGUGGACGGAUGCUGACCCGGGCCAAUCCGAGUUAUUUGAUACGGUGGAAUUGUUAGACGAGCUGCUAAAGGAAGGAUAUUUAUUUCCAACCGACCUGGAUUUGUUCGAAUCCCAGACUGUGCAGCACAACAGCAGGCAAGACCUGCAGCAGAGUGGCUGGAUGUCAGAGGGACAGGCUUUUUCCCGGGAGGACAGGAAUGAACUGAGGAUAUGGAUGAGAAGGAAACACAGGGAACGACUGGCUGCAUAUCAGAAACACAGAGCACGUCUGAGGGAGCAGGAACACAAACCUUACACUGCCUCUCCAUCCAGGACUCGAGCAGCCUCACGGAAAACCAGAGAAAAUGAAGAAAAGCUCACUCUUCUGGAGCAGUACGACCAGCGCAUGAAGGAGGCUUGGUCUUUGGCCGGUGAAUUCAAUCUUCCUCCGGGAACCCAAGCGAGUUCUUCACGCACUGAAGGUUCUCAGGUUCUGUCCAAAAAGUGGUCAACCGCUGCUCCGCUCAGCAGGCCUCACAGUGUGUCCGUCAGUGGCAAAAGGGGAAAAGCUCGGCUCCACCCGCAGACACACUCUGUGGAAAGACCGCCUUCAGAGGAUCUUCACAGACGACUGGGACUUCAUCGGCCUGUGACUCUUUUACCAGGGGACCGACUGUCUCAGGUGACGAGACGCGGCAUGCUCAGUAAGACGCUCCCUAAAAGUGAUGCAGCCAGCCAGAAUGAAACCAGAGACGAUGGACACCAGGGAGAACCUCGACUGAACCAGACAUAUUCAAGAGGGGGUGCUAUAUACAAAAGGAUUCACAGGGAGCUGCCUAAAGUGGAAGGGAGAAGAGAAUUGGACAGUUCAGGACCUCAUAGACCGCAGAGGCUGCAGCGGUCUGACCUUGUUCUCACAGAGCUUGUGGAUGAGGAGGAAAAUGAUCCCCGUGGAGUUUCAGGGAUAGACUGGCUGGACAAUCUGUCUGAGAGUGCAGACAGCUGCCUCAGUAAAAUAGACUGGGCAGCUAUAGAGAGAAUGGCUGCUGCAGAAGAGUCAGAUGUGGACUCUUAAGCAACACAGGAAGAAUAAAAUGUCUUGUCAAGUGCCUAUACUAAUGUAAUAUGUUAUAUUUUAAUACAUUUGUAUAUAUAUAUUUAUUUCAUGUAUUUCUGUACUUUAGUUUUGCACAAACCCCAAUGUUUAAACAGUUAAGUGUUUGCAUUUUCAAAACAUACAAAUAGAGUGACCUUUUUGGAGCAAAUUCUGAGCAUGUAUUUUUAAGCCAUUAAACUGUAAAUGAUAAAUUUGA